CUUCAUCCUGGGCAGACGAGCCGCGGGGGCGCGCCUGGCGUGUGGGUGACGGAUGGAGGAGGCGAGAGUCUGAAGCAGGGGGAGAAGGUUUCAUUGAAAAUUACCGAAAAAAGAGGAGGAUCUGGUCCAUUGCCAUGACGGCCGAGCAGCAGUGCGAUCACGGGGACAACUCUGGCAGUUCGACCCACGUCCUGAUCAACCAGCUGAGAGAAAUCACGGGCACCCAGGAUGUUGAGAUUCUACAGAGAGUUCUCAAGGCUAGCAAUGGGGACAUGAGUCAAGCGAUCACGAUGCUGACUGCCCAAGUGCCAGAAGAGGAUGUCAUUGCAGUGGAGCCGUCUGAUGCUGAAGGAAGUGUCGUGGGCAGGAGAGCCCAGACAAAGGUUAUUGACUUAACUGGCAGUGGUGACAAAGAUGACCUUCAGACCGCCAUAGAAUUGAGCUUACAAGAAUCCCAGAAUGCUCAAGCAGAAGACAGGGAUCUGAACAGGGCCCUGGAGGCAAGUGUGGCUGAAAACAAAGCUCGGGCAAAGAGGAAAAGGUGCGAGGCCUGGGGAGAGACCAGUCCUGCUGACUGGAUCAGGCAAGACAGCUGGCCGGUGGGCCUGAGGAACGUUGGGAACACCUGCUGGUUCAGCGCAGUCAUACAGUCUCUGUUUCAUCUGCCCAAGUUCCGAAGACUGGUCCUGAAUUACACUCUCUCCCAGAGCAUCUUGGAGAAAUGCAGGAGCCACAGUGAAAAGAGGAACAUUGCCUUCAUGCAGGAGCUCCGUUGCCUCUUCGCCCUGAUGGUGGGCUCCAGUCGCAGGUUUGUGGACCCCUCUGCUGCUGUGGAACUCCUGAAGGAUGCCUUUCGGACCAGCGAAGCCCAGCAGCAGGAUGUUAGUGAGUUUACCCACAAGCUCCUUGACUGGCUAGAAGAUGCUUUUCAGCUGGCAGCGAAUGGAAACAAUCCUGAGGCGAAGCAACAGAAUCCAAUGGUGCAGCUUUUCUAUGGAACCUUUGUUGCUGAAAGAAGCCAUGAAGGCAAGACGCUCUCCAACAUUGAGCAGUUUGGCCAGUACCCUCUACAAGUUAAUGGGUUCAACAACUUAGAUGAGUGCCUGGAAGGAGCCAUGGUGGAGGGGGAGAUUGAAACUCUGCACUCAGAUCAGACAGUUCACUCUGGGCAGGAGCGCUGGUUCUCAAAAUUACCUCCAGUGCUGACCUUUGAACUGUCCAGGUUUGAAUUCAACCAAUCUCUGGGACGCCCAGAGAAGAUUCAUAAGAAACUGGAGUUCCCCCAGGUCAUAUACAUGGACAGGUACCUCCACAGAAACAAGGAGCUGAUCCGGAAGAGGAGGAGAGAAGCAAAGAAGUUGAAGGACCAGCUGACAGCUCUGCAGCAGAAACUGGAGAGUUACAACAGUUACGGCUCUGGGCCAGCAAAGUACCCAUUGGCAGACAUGUUGCAGUACGUCCUGGAAUUUGCUACCACAAAGCCUUCUAGUGUUUCACCUGCUGAAGACAUCAGAAUGAUCUCGCCACCUUCCACAGCGUCACCCGACACCACAACCCACACCGACCCAGCCCCGGAGAACACCAGUUUGUCUGAAGCAGAGGACUCGGGGACACCCGAUUGCUUGAGCUCUCCGGCCCCACCAGGCCAGAGGACGCCCAUAUACAAACCGUUCACACAGUGCCGGCCCCUGGUGGAGUGGCCCUCCCAGCCUGCCCCUCACAGCGUGUCGGAGGAGGAGCUGCAAUUUGUCGAAGGGUGUUUGCAACGCUGGAGGGCAGAGGUGGAACAGAAUAUUCAAGAGCUAAAGGAGAGCAUUGACAGAAUCAGCCGGCAGCUGGAAGGCAUGUACUCGGAUGCUAGUUUGAGCCAGGUGCCCUACAGGCUUCACGCUGUCCUUGUCCACGAGGGUCAAGCUUCUGCUGGUCACUACUGGGCCUACAUCUGUGACCACUCAAGCAAGCUGUGGCUGAAGUACAACGACAUCUCCGUCUCCGAGUCCACGUGGGAGGAGCUGGAGAAGGACUCCUACGGCGGCAUGAAGAACGCCAGCGCUUACUGCCUCAUGUACAUCGACGACAUGCUCCCUCACCUCAUAGCCGAGGACACGGAUGCUGAGACAGGCCAGGUGUUAGGGGGGAUGGAUUCCCUCCCUCCAGUCCUUAGGCAGUAUGUCCGGGAGGACAACCACUGGUUCCAGCAGGAAGUGGAGGAGUGGGAAGAGGAGCAGUUCCGGAAAAUGCCUCAGAAAGAAUCCCUCAUUCCUGUAGCAACAGAUGCGCAAGAAUCUUCUUCGGAAUCGGUCCCUGAAGAACCUCCGCCCAGCCAGCAGCCGCCUCGUUCCCUGUCGUCGGAACACGCCAUGAUCGUGAAGGAGCAGACAGCACAGGCCAUCGCCAACACGGCCGACUGCUAUGAAAAGAAGGGAGUGGAAGCCGCCCUCACAGAGGCCUCUGAGGCUGAGACAGGGGCCGGAGGCAGUGCUGCUGAGGGAGAGUCCGGAGCUGACUCUAAAACUGAGGCCCAGCCCCAGCUGAAGCAGCCUCCGGAGGCAGGCAGUAGGGAGCCUGAGAGCCAGGUGUCCGAGGUGGAAAUUCCGAGUGUAGGGAAGAUUCUUGUCUGCUCUGAUGCAGAUGGUUACAAUGAGGAGAUGAUGCUAACCCCAGCCAUGCAAGGGAUUAUCCUGGCCAUUGCUAAAGCAAGGCAGGUCUUUGACAAGGACGGUCCUGAGGCUGCUCUCAUUAAGGCUUUUCACGAGGAAUACUCCCGGUUGUUCCUUCUGGCGCAGGAGAAGUCCACCCCUCAGAACGACCCUCGUCUCCAGCACGUCCUGGUGUACUUCUUCAAGAACGACGCCCCCAAGCGCGUCGUUGAGAGGACGCUGCUGGAGCAGUUUGCCGACCGCAACCUGAGCUACGAUGAGAGAUCAAUCGGUAUAAUGAAGGAGGCUCGAGCUAAGCUGCGUCUGAUACGUCCAGAAGAUAUGGAUAUGGAGGAGUAUAUGAAGUGGCAUGAAGACUACAGCGUCUUUCGGAAGGUGUUUGUGUAUCUUUUGACAGGGCUAGAGCAAUACCAGAAUGGAAAAUUACGGGAAGCUCUGAACUACCUUGUCUAUGCCUAUCAGAACAACACCGCCCUGCUGAUGAAAGGGGAGAACAGAGGCAUGGAGGAGUCACUUAUUGCACUUUAUAGGAGGAAAUGUUUAACAGAGCUGAAUGAGGCUGCUGCAAAGCUUUUCCGGAGUGGAGAGGAGAGUGAUGUCACGGAGGGGGUGAGCAUAAUGAAUGACUUGGUCAUUCCCUGCAUGCACCUGAUGAUCAGCAAUGACAUCAACCAGGAGGACCUGGACGCCAUCGAGACCAUAAGGAACCGCUGGUGCUCUUACCUGGGCCAGGAUAUGAAUGAUGCCCUGCAAGAAAAGCUUGGAGAGUUCCUGCCCAGAAUGCUCGACUGCUCGGCAGAAAUCAUCGUCCUUAAGGAACCCCCAAAGAUUCGGCCAAACUCGCCACAUGAUCUGUGCAGUAGGUUUGCGGCUGUAAUGGAGUCUAUCCAUGGUACCUCAAUUGUGACAGUCAAAUAAGAUUAUUUAGGUAUUGUAUAGCCUGGACUUUGAACUCUCUAGGACUUUUUUUUCUCCAAAAUUGAACAGUGCAUUGGGUCUGCAAACCCUGAAGAAUCUAAAACAGUCAGGGAAAACUGCACUGAACUGGAAACAUUAAGCUUGAAACCUUUUAAUGACCACAGCUGUUCAGUCCUUAUGCUCUUGUUCAGUAUUUUACCAUCAGAGAUUUUUUUAUUGCUGAAUUAGCAAAUUGGAGGAUUCUUAUUUCCCAAGUUGCUCACUUCCUUUUUAAACGCCAUUUUAAUCCCAAACUGUGUAAAAACAUGUCAUUGCUGUUCUCAAAAACCGUCCGCUUCGGUUAUAUAAUGAAAGGAAACACUAAAAUCACAAGUUAACAAAAAUGCAUUUUUUUGUUUCACCAUGAUUUCAUUAUAGUUUUAAUUUCCAGUACACAUAUUUAUCUUGUUUACCUAUGCAUAAACUGUGUUGGGAUAAACUAGGACAGCAGCUGUGUAUUUUCAAGGCCAAUCUUACUUUUAAAUGGCUGACAUAAGUGUUACACUGAUAAGAUUAUUCUUUUGGUGGGUUUCAUAUGAUGACAAUUUGGUGUUGCCUUUUAGCAGAAAAGAAAGCAAGCUCCUUCCAUUUGUAAUAAUCUUGUCGUAGUACCUACGGUUUUUCAUUGCCCUUAUUUACUUUUAACCAUCCACUGAAAGAUCCACACUUCUUUCUGUUUUGAUUUUGUUUGAUUAGCCAGAGUCGGGUUCAGAAACAAAGUCACUACUCGGCAGUUUCUGUUCUUUAAUGACACAUCUGGCAAGAACUGUUCUCUAAACCUUUGUCACUGAAUCCUUUAUCCGGCGUUGUGAUGCCGUGCUUUUAUACCAAAGAAAAUGUCAACUGUUUUAACCUUAAAUUUCAUCUUCAAUAAAAUGUCACACUUUUCUUUGAUCUCUA